AUGUUUUGCAAAUUACCAAAUCAAUUUAAACAAGAAUGUUACUUCUUCUCAUCGGGACUUUUCAAUACCUUUUGUCUAUUUUUCUUACAAGAACGUUUAAACACGAUUAUUUUGGUCAGGAACCAUUUAAAAAUAUCGUUCUUCUUAGAACCAGUCAAUCAACUUGCUGAACGUGUUCUACUUGGUGUAAAAAGUAAAAUUCAAGGUCUUGUCACUGGUAAUUUAGUUGAGACUUCAAAUAACCGCAGUGGUGGACUUGAUCAACUUGAUGUUGCUGGACAUGUUGGUUUGUUUGUCCGGUCAGUUGCUACAGAUUAUUAA